UGGAAAAUAUCCAGGCAGCAGAGAUGGAAAUGCUGCAACUAGUAAAAUCAGCACUGAACAUGACUGUGCCAGAGCUGGAAAGGAAUCUGACAGCAGAGAGGGAAAUGCUGCAACUAGUAAAAUCAGCACUGGAAAGGACUCUGUCAGAGCUGGGGGGAAAUCUGGCAGCAUUGAAAAAUAAUCCAGAAGCAGAAUAUGAAAUGGUGCAACAAGUAAAAUCAGCACUGGAAAGGACUCUGUCAGAGCUGGGGGGAAAUCUGGCAGCAUUGAAAAAUAAUCCGGAAGCAGAAAAUGAAAUGGUGCAACAAGUAAAAUCAGCACUGGAAAACACUCUGCCAGCCCUGGAACAAUACCUGCCAACACUGAGACAUAAUCUGAAAGCAGAGAGGAAAAUUGUUGUACAGCUAACAAAAGAGAACUCAGACCUAAACAGCACACUGAUGCACAAGAUAUCAGUACUGGAAAAUAAUCUGGCAGACCUGAAAACAAAUCAGACAGCCGAGAGGAGCAUGAAGGGACAGCUGACACAAGAAAUCUCAGUUUAUUCAAAGACUCUGCUAGCGCUGGAAAAUAGUCUGAUAGCAGAAAGCGAAACGGUGGAACAGCUGACACAAGAAAACUCAGCACUGGAAAAUAAUCUGCCAGCACUGGAAAAACAUCUGGCACAACUGGAAAAACAUCUGGCAGCACCGAAAAAUGAUCUGGCAGCAGAGGGGGAAAUGGUGGGACAACAGACACACAAAAAUACAGAGCCCUCUUCUGCGCCGAUUAAUUCCCAGAAGUCCGGAGGCCUGGGUAGGCUGCUCAACCCCAAACCCUUUUCUAAACAAAAAGAUGCACCGGAUCAUCACGCUGCAGCUGCUUCUAAAACUCCUAGAAAAGUUAGAGAUUUACGUGAGUACAUCAAUAUGACCGAGAAGAAUGGGUUCGGCUGCGGCCGCAUGGUGCGUCUCAGAGAGGUUCGGCCGGCGGCCCGAUGGUAG